AUGGCUGCUGCACAGGGUGUUAACGUUCUCCGCUAUUCGGCUCUCGUCGCUGGCCUUAUCUACGGUGUCUACCAUCAAUCCUCGAUUACCGCCGGUAUUAAGCGUGCAGAGGCCGACCGUGAAUAUGCUCGCCAGGAGCGCCUGAUCGCACAGGCGAAGGCCGAAUGGAAGAAGAAGACGGCACCUCAGGACAAGUCAACAGACGGUGUCAUCACGAAUCCCGAAGACAGCCGAUUCGACCUAGAGGCGUACCUCAAGAUGAAGGCCGGCGAGAACUAA